GUUAGCUCCUCCCCCUCUCUAGCUGUGGCGGAAACGGAAGUCCGACAUGUUAUCCCGCAUUGCAUCCUUUCUGCUUGUGGCACCGAUUAGUAGCACCACGUGGAGAAAGGUGUCCUGUAUGAAAACAUGAAGCGCCCAAAGCUGAAGAAAGCUAGUAAACGCAUGUCAUGUUCAAAACGGUACAAAAUACAGAAAAAGGUUCGGGAGCACAACCGAAAAUUACGGAAGGAAGCAAAAAAGAAAGGUAUAACAAAGCGGGUAAAGAAGGAUCCUGGGGUUCCUAAUAUCGCACCUUUCAAAGAAGAAGUUUUGCGGGAGGCAGAACAGAGAAAAUUGAAGCUAGAAGAACUUAAACAGAAAAAGAGACUUGAGAAACAACAGGAGCGAGAGCGAGCACAGAAGCGAAAGAGAGAGGCCACAAGCAGUGACUCCAAUACCCAGGCCAAAAAAGUAAAAAAGGAGGGGAAUUUGAAUCGUCCACAGAAGUCAUCUGGCAAAGAUAAAUAUUCCAGAAAGUUCCUCUGUGAUGAGCUGAACAAGGUCAUCAGUGAUUCCAGUGUCAUUGUUGAGGUUCUGGACGCCAGGGAUCCCCUGGGUUGCCGCUGUCCAGAGCUGGAAGAAGCCGUUUUGAAAAGUGAAGGAAACAAGAAGCUUCUCUUGGUCUUGAAUAAGAUUGAUCUUGUACCAAAAAGCAAUGCGGAGAAGUGGUUACGCUACCUGCAGCAUGAGUUUCCUACAGUCGCCUUCAAAGCAUCAGUAUAUCUGCAAGACAAAACAGUGCAAGAGAAGAAGAAAAGAGCUGGGCAAGGAGCAGUUGACCAGAGUAAAGGAACGGAAUCCUUUGGGAGCAGUUGUCUUCUGCAGUUUCUGCAGGAUUAUGCAGAAGCCCAGGAGGGUGAAAAGACACUCAAAGUUGGCAUUGUUGGUUUUCCCAAUGUGGGGAAGAGCAGCCUAAUCAACAGUCUGAAGGGCGUCAGGGCCUGCAACGCUGGAGCACAGGGAGGAUUAACAAAAUGCACUCAAGAAGUGCUCGUUGCGAAGAAUGUCAAGAUGAUCGACAGCCCUAGCAUAAUGGCAGCGCCAUCAAACCCUGCUUUUGCCAUGGCUCUGAGGAGUCUGCCGACACCAGGGGAAGGGGGGAACGCACUGGAUGCAGUCAGAGCCUUACUUAAGCACUGUGACAAACAGCAGAUAAUGCUUCAGUACACUGUUCCUGAUUUCAGGAACUCCUUGGAAUUCUUGACAUGUUUAGCCAAGAAACGGGGACUCAUGCAGAAAGGCGGUGUUCCGAACACUGCGCAAGCCGCUGAGACAUUUCUAAGCGAUUGGACCGGGACUAAACUAAGCUAUCAUUCCAAACCCCCCGACAAUCCCAACGUUCCUUCAUAUCUCUCGGAUGAAACGGUAACAGAAAUGAAGAAGGGGUGGGAUCUGAACAAAUUGCAGAAAGGCAAUUCAGACACCAUUAAAAGUGUGAAGUUACACAGAUAUUCAACUGCCAUUAUCCUGAGCUCCAUGGGUCCCACGUCUGGACUCCUCAGUGUAAGCGAAGGCCUUGAGACCAAGGAGUUAGGGGACGAGGAAGAAUGCCAGGAAGAGGCUAUUGAUAAUGAGCCUGACUUGGUGCAUGCUGAAGGACGACAGUUGGAACAAUCUCAAAAUGGAAAAGAGCCACAAGAGACAACACCAGGUUUUGCAGAGCACCCUACAAAAGUCAAGUUCCAGCCCAAGCCUAUCACCAUAGACCUGUCUUCGGCACAGAAGGAUGAUGAUGCAUAUGAUUUCAACACAGAUUUCAAAUGAGGAUGCUUGGAGACCUGUAGUGGUUUAAAUGGGACUUGUUUAAGUUUCUCGAUAUCACAGGUUGCUGUGAUUUAUCGGGUGCUAGAUUUCACUAGUUAAAGUUGGACCUUCAAAGAUGGAUUAUUGUAUUAAAAUUAUAUUUGUAAACUA